CAGCUCCUGUCUACAUAUUCCACCGCAGCACUACCCCCCUCUCCAUCAGCACUUUAUACCGCCCCGACCCUGAUGGAUGAUGAGGGGGGCGAGGAGGAAUUGGGCGACCGAGCAUCAUCACCACAGCCCCGGGGUUGGGUGUUACUCCUCACAAUGUGUGCUGCUGGUAUUGGGGGCACCUUCCAGUAUGGAUACAAUCUCACCAUCAUAAAUGCCCCCACUAUGCACAUCCAAAAGUUUGUAAACCAUACGUGGCUGGAGCGCAAUGGUUCAGAACUGGACAACACGAUCAUCACUCUCAUCUGGUCAAUCAUAGUGUCUGUGUAUCCCCUAGGCGGGUUCCUGGGGGCACUAUUGGCAGGCCCUAUGGCCAUAAAGCUUGGACGGAAGAAGUCUCUUCUUUUCAACAAUAUAUUUGUGAUACUCUCUGCAGUUCUUUGCGGGUUCAGCCGUUCUGCUAAAUCUUUUGAAAUGAUUGUGAUUGGCAGAAUGCUUGCAGGUAUCAAUUCUGGUGUCAGUAUGAAUAUCCAGCCUAUGUACCUAGGGGAGAGUGCACCCAAGAAGCAGCGUGGCACAGUGGCUUUGUCCUCUGCAGUUUCUACCGCCCUGGGGCUAGUGAUUGGACAGGUGGUUGGUCUUAGGGAGAUCCUGGGCAGCGAGGAAAUGUGGCCUCUCCUUUUGGCCAGUAAUGUAGUUCCAGGUGUCCUACAGCUUUUGGUUCUUCCAUGGCUUCCAGAAAGCCCCCGAUAUCUGCUUAUAGACCUAAAGGACAAGGAUUCCUGUGUUUGUGCAUUGCAGCGGUUUCGUGGUCACUGUGAUCUCAGCAGUGAAAUGGAAGAGAUGUUGGCAGAACAGGCUGCUACCAAAGGGCAGAAACCAAAGAGCCUAUGGGAGCUGAUCCGAGAACCAAAGCUAAGGUGGCAGCUUAUCACUAUAGUGGUUUUAAGCAGUGCCAUGCAGCUUUGUGGCAAUGACUCGAUGUAUUUCUACGCAUCCUACAUCUUUCAAGAGGCUCAGAUCCCAUCUGAGAAGAUUCCGUAUGUUGUAAUUGGCACUGGGAGUUGCGAGCUCAUCACUUCGCUUACCUGUACUCUUUUCAUUGACCGUGUUGGGCGUCGGAUGCUGGUGAUGGGUGGAUACAGCCUGAUGUCUGUCUGGGCUGUAGUCUUUAUGGUCGCCUUAUCUCAACAGGGUCGUGUUACCUGGAUGCCAUAUCUCAGCAUGGCCUGCAUCUUUGCCUACAUCCUAAGCUUUGGCAUUGGCCCAGCUGGAGUUACUGGAAUAAUGCCAGCUGAGCUAUUUGACCAGAUGGCCCGUCCUGCUGCCUACAUGAUUUGUGGUUCUCUUAUCUGGAUUUUCCUGUUUAUAGUCGGACUGGCUUUUCCAUUUAUUUUGCAGGGUCUUGGGCACUUCUGCUUUAUUCCAUUUCUCGUGGUUUGUGUCUGCACAGCCGUGUUUGUCAAAUUCUUCCUUCCAGAGACUAAAGGAAAAAGUCUGCUAGAGAUCACUGAAGAAUUUGCUCAACGCAACACCAAACUGUCCAUAGAGGAGAAUGUCCUAAAUGGACCUCAGGAGAUUAAAUCUACAAUGCUCUGAUACCUGGAUUGCACUGGUUAUGGAAAAGGGAGUUACCCUGAUACCUCCAGCUGGUAUGGGCUUCAGAUGGGUAAUCAAAACCUUUUUCCGUUUUAUUAUAUGGACUAUACAAACCUUCCUGGUUCCACUUGCUGUAAGCCAACACUGAGCUGCUCCAUUUUAUACCCAAUGUUAUUGAGUAAUUUGCACUACUAUGCAUCUCUGUCUCUUUUUGUAAACUGAAGAUGCAUCUGGCAGUAUUAAUAAUAAUGUUCUCUUACACCCAUAUCCAAAAUCAAACUGUGAACUUAAAUACAAAAGCUACACGUGUACAUAUGUUGUGCUGCUUCUCACCUACAGAUACAGUAUAUUUAGGUAAACAACAGUUUUAUGAAACAUUAUAGAGUAAAUAAUAUAAAAAAGAUGAAUUUAAAGUACUGUUUAUUUAUCAAGCUUUUCCUCAUGCUGCAUUCCAGAUGGCUCAACUUUACAAUCCCUUUAAUUCAAAAAACAUUUUUUUAAAACCAUGUAUUUAACAUAAGCCUUUCGGGCCAUUUUAAGCAAAGUUUUUUAAAAAAAGAAACAGGUACGAUAAGCUGACACAGUCAUAUGUACACAGUUAUCACUUAUUCAGAUCAUAAAUAUGAAACGACUUGUUUUGAUGCAAGCCAUGAAUAGAAGAAUACAUGUACUUGCCUAAUUAUUUAUGGUUAGAAAUUUGAAAUAUAUUAUAUUAAUACUGCCUUUCAUCUCUCAGGAUGACGUUAUUUGCAGGACUGUGCCAUUUUUAAUGCAAGCUGUUUUUUGGAAUGGUUGUUAGAGUAGAGAAUUAUAUUGGGUUUUCUGGUAAACACUGAAGUAUCCUUUGUGAGGAGUGGAUAAAAAGUCUUAGCUGCUGGAAUAUUUAACUAAGAGUAUCUUACACUCCUUUAUAUCCUAUAUAUUAUAUUACUUCUUGUCUGCUGUUUUGAAGUUAAAGGGACAGAUAGAGCAUAUCAUUUUAAACAACUUACCAAUUUACUUCCAUUGUUGAAUUUUCUUAGUUCUCUGUUCAAAAGCAUACCUAGGUAGGCUUAAGAGCUGGAAGCUAGUUGCUGAUUGGUGUCUGCACAUGUGUGCCUCUUGUCUUUGGCUUACCAAUGUGUUCAGCUAGCUCCCAGUAGUGCAUUGCAUCUCCUUCAACAAAGGAUGCAAGAGAAUGAAGCAAAAUUGAUACUGGGGAGACGAUUUAAUAAAACCUCAACUGAUAAUACGAUGGAAUCCGCUUGAAUCUUGCGCCAUAUUCAAUGCAAAUUGAAUCUGCCGUAAAUAACAAUUUAUUAAACAUUCAACAGGUACGUGUCUUUUCCGCCGCAGCGUACCUAUCGUUCAAACCGCCACCCUUGAGGCCACGAAUGCUAUAGAAAUCAAUAGGAGUCUGAAAACCCAGAAAGGUUAUGUUAGAUGCUGCAAGAGAAUGAAGCUUAUUACAUAUUUAUGUAAAUUAGAAAGUUGAUUACAAUUGUAUACUCUUUCUAAAUCACACAGACAACAAAGAUGCAUGUUCAGUAUCUAAAUAAUAUAUUAAAUAAUAAUAUUAUAAUCACAUGUAAUUUCAAGGGACAUAUUCAUUUCAAAAGUAGUUUUAAUGACAAGUACUGUCUGUCUGGCAGCAGGACUAGUAGAUAUAGGGAUAAAAAUUAAAUAAAUAAAUUCCAUACUAUAGCUAACUUCCUUUUUUUGAUCAAUCUAAUUUCCCCAUGUUUAACACAUGUAAUACAAGUCCCACUGCAUUUCAUACCAAAUUUGACGCAAUACUUUGCACCGAAUUUGACGCAAUACUCAAACUCCUAAACAACCUACAAACUAGUGAAAUUUUCCACCACUUUUGAUUUGGAAAUGCAUAAUCACAUGAUUUAUGACAUCAGCCAAUCUGUUUUAAAUAUACAUUUUAUACUAUCACUAACGAAUCAAAUUGCUCGAUACUUGUGUCAUUGAUCACUCAUUAGAACUUGUAAGUGCCCUUUUGUUACAUUGUGUAUUAUACUUUGAAAGUAUGUGUAUGUGAAAUUAGUAUUAAAGUUAAACAUUAAUGAUGACAUUAGGACACACAGUGUAAUAUUUUUGACAAUGAUUUUAAAAAUCGAUUGAUGUUUGAUUCAAUAUAAUCUUAAAAUGAUAGCUCAAAGGGAUAGUCCACCUAACAUUAAACUGUCAUGAAUCAGAUACAGCAGAAAUUAAAAUCACCUCUUUACUGUAAUGAUAUUUCCAGUGUUUUUCUUCCUUCUCUUGAAUUUCAUUUUCAUUAAGAAAUGUCAUCUUAUAUGCCAGCCCAUUUUAUAACACCUGUGUAGGGGUGGUGUUUAAAAAUACACUGUAAUCAGGAAGGGUUACACAGGUACAGAGAGAAAACUGUCCCAGCUCUUAAAAUAUCCAUUGAUUGCAAAUAAAUACAUAUGAUACCCUGA